AUGACCGAUGUCAAGCUAAGUGCUCACAAGAAAUGGGUGUUCAAGUGCCAGGAUGGAUCAGGCGGCGUCAUGGAGGGCGUACUUGCGUCACAGUUGGCGCGCGCGCUCGACAGCGGCACGCUGCGCCUGAAAGGUGGCGACGUCAUCCGCGCGACCAAUUACUUGUGCAACAAGGUCAACGAAAACGAGUUUAAGCUUGUGAUCAGCGAUCUGGAGGUAACGGCCGCGGGGCGCGACAGUGGUGCGGCGCGCGACCAGGCCGCGGCCAGCUUCGGCGGCGACGUGGCGAUGGCGAUAAAGGAGGAGCCGCAGCAGCAGCACACCCCGGCUCCGUCGCGGCCCGCAUUUGGGACGCCUGGGCCAACCCCUUCGCCCUCUGAAGAGCUCAGGCGCACGCCCGCAGCGCUGCCGCUGAGCCCCGUCCGCGGCAGCGGCACCCCCAUCGCGCCAUCGCCAGCCAGCGACGCGCUGGCCUUCCUCGGCGGCGGCGGCACGCCCGUUGCCGCGCAGACGCCGCGCCCCGGCGGCGGAUCGGGCGGCGGCGGCGGGACGCCCAUUGCGGUGCGGGAGACGCGGGCUGGCGUGCAGCCGAUCGCGGCGCUCAACCCCUACGACACGCAGUGGACGAUCAAGGCGAAGGUCGUUCGCAAGAUGCCCGCCCGCAGCUUCGCGGGCCGCGGCGGCCAGCAGCGGACGUUUGCGGUGGAGCUAGCUGACGCACAGGGCGGGCAGGUUCAGGGCACCUUCUGGCGCGAGGCUGCGGACAAGUACUGCGACUCGCUGGCCGAGGGCAAGGUUUACUACUUCAGCAAGUUCAAUGUAAAGGUGGCGAACAAGCAGUACAACCUGACCGAGGUGGAGGAGUGCGCUGACCAGGGGGGCAUCGACAUCGUCGCCACAGCAGAGAUCGUGCCCUUGGACCGGCUGCCCGGCUACAUUGGCCGCAAGACCGCGGUGGACGUGCUGGGCGUGGUGCUGUCGAUGGGGCAGGCGGGGACGGUCAAGCGCAAGGCAGACAACAGCGAGCUGCCCAGGAGGGACGUCACCCUGGGUGACGCCAGCGGCCGUAGCGUGGUUGUCACCCUUUGGAACAACAACGCGCACAGCCCGCAGCUGGAGGGCGCAGAGGGCCAGCUGCUGCAGAUCACCUCUGUGCGCGUCGGGGACUUCAACGGCUGCUCUGCCAGCAGCGGCGCGCGCAGCGUGCUGACGCUCAACCCGGACACCAAAGAGGGGCGCGCGCUGCGCGACUGGUAUGCGUCCGACGGCGCCAGCUGCAGCUUCGCCCCGUUGGGCCAGGGCGCGGCGGGCGGCGGCGCGGCCGGCGAGGGCGGGCGGCGCGGCGGCAAGGUCAACUUCCUGUCGGACGUCGUGGUCGAGGGCGCGGACGUGCCGCCGCCGGAUGCCAAGGCCACCUAUGCCAACCUGCUCGCCACAGUGGUCGCCAUCAACCCAGACCAGACGAUGUUCUACCUGGCCAACCCUGAGAACGGAAAGAAGGUUGUGGAGCAGGAGGGCGGCAAGUACUGGUCCGAGUCGGAGGGCAGGACCAUCGAGUCUGCGGAGCACCGCUAUGUGCUGAGCUGCCGCGUGGCUGACGCCAGCGGGGAGGCUUACGUCAACCUUUUCAACCGGGAGGCGGAGGCGGUCCUGGGCGCCAAGGCGGACGCGAUGGCCUCCCUGCGGUCUGGCGGCGAGGAGGGGGUGGCGCGCUACAACGCGGCGCUCAAGGCGGCGCGCUGGCAGACCUGGGUCAUGAACGUGCAGAGCGCGGCGUCGCGGCCGGGCCGUCUGCUGCUUCGGCCGCCGCUGACAGACGCCCCGUACCGCCCCGCGGCGUCACCUGUGUCACCCGCGUCGCCCGCGCAGGGCCGCAGCCGCGAGUACAACGGGGAGCGGCGCAUGCGGUACACGGUCAUGCAGGCGUACCCCUUGGACUAUGCGACAGAGAGCGCGCGGCUGCUGGCUAUGAUCAACGGGAUGGGCGGCCAGUGA